AUGGAAAGUGGAAGUAGCAGUUCUAAGAAAAUAAUACCAGACUCAGUAAUGGAGGCAGUGAAGAGAACGUCGAGUAACAUUGAUGAAGUGAAAGCCAAUUUGGAAGAGUUCUUGAAAUGCUGUGAUUCUGAAACCCUUUCUCAAUUGGAGCCUCUUGAAAGGGCCCAGGCCCUAUUCUUGAUUGCUAAAGCCAAUACUACUCUCGUCGCCUUGAGGCUGAGAUGCAAAGGUGUGAACCCAGAUAACCAUCCCGUCAGAAAAGAGAUUGAGAGAUUAAGCUUGUAUGAGGAGAAACUGCAGAAAUGCAUGGAUUUGAGUAAAGCUCCACUGCGACCUUCAGCCACCAUUAAUCCCACGGCGGCAGCCCGUUUUAUUGAGCAUUCCUUACCUGACCUUUCACUAGAGCAAAAGAAAAGCAUGAAGGAAAUCAGUUGUGGUGAUGUGACAAGGAUUAAAUACGUGGAGAGAAGUGUCAAAAAGAAGAGAAAAUAUCAGUCAUCUGAGAAGCAAUCUGUACGUGCUGCUGCGCAAGAAUUUCUUGAGAAAGCAGCGUGUGAGCUCUUAGGUGACAACCAAAGUGGUAUUAAAGGACCUUUACAACCUGAAAAUUCAGAUGAUGAUUGCAUAGUUCUAGACUGA